CCCACCUUUGUGCUGGACUACUAUGGCUUGGAUGUAGCCCUCAACUGAAAGCCACAGUUUCUCUCAGGUGGCCUGCUCCUAGGGGUGAGAAUAGCUUCUAAAUGUUGCUAGCCAUGGGACGCAUCACCCCAUGUUGCAUCUCCUUAACCCUGUCCACAUGUGUAAAUUGCCUCUUGUGAACUCUCCCCACUUACCUUGUUUGAAUGUGCCAUCUGUUUAUCACCUCAUCACCAUCUCCCUUGUGUUUCCAUCUUUGGUGAUAGGGGCAUUAAAAAGGGGUAGAUCAGAUGAGUAAAGCAAAGCCUCAGGGCACAGAUGGGCAUCAUCAAUGCCCAUCUGAAAGAUCAAUUGGCAACAUGUUGCAGCUGCCCCUGGGAAGCACAGACCAGAGGACUACCAGCAGCUUGCAGCAUGCCCUCCAGUGGCAGCAGACGGUUUUAUGACAUUGGCUCUGCAUCCUCAAGGUUCUCUGGCACUGGCAACAGAUGACAUUUGCCCUACAAUCUCUCCAUGUUGAUUCACCUCCUCUUCAAGCAGCCUCUCCACCCCCAACUUACUCCUCCCAGAUUCCACAUAUUAUUGGCAGUGGCAUCAUUGUUCACUCACCAGGCGAGCCUAGUUAGAAUUCACCCACAGGAGAAAGCAAGUGAAGGCCGUGGGAAGCUAAAAUAUGGUGCACCUCUGGGCUGGCUAUGAACAAGUAUCCCUGGGCAUGGUGGUGAUGGGGAUGAGGUCGUCCUGGAAAGGCAGGAGUCCAAGCACCUAACUUCCCGUAGGAUCUGGUUCCCGUCUUUGAAGGGGACACAGGGGAAGAACAAGCAGCUCCCUUAAGCUCUUCUCCUGGCCAGAAGCAGUCCGCUAGAUAUUGCUGGCCCUAUUUUCACCCCUAGCUUUGGAUUCCUUUCUUCCUUGGAGGGAAAGAGGCCUUCAGGGCAGCCCCGCAGACACUACAGGAGGGAUGUAAGAAAACGGGCGCGGCUGGGCAUCCCAGCGGAAGGGAAGUGUCCGGCGGAGGGAGGUGAGGGAUGUUGAACAAGCCUCGCCUCCCACCGCACCGGGGCCCAGGAGAAGCGGAGAUGUUGGCCCUCCCAGUUUCCUAGAGAGGCCGCGGAGGGCCCGGGGCGCCAACGCGCGUGCGCGACUCCAGCCGCCGGGAGGUAGGCGCGGGACUGGCAGCUGCGGUGGCGGCGGGUGGACCGAUUGUCGCUUGGCGGGAGUCGGGGACAACCUAACUCUGGUCUGCCUGAUACUGGCAUGUACAUCUGUGCAAAUGCUCUUCUCAUACAUACAAAGAUGAUCCCAACCACCAGGAUCCAACUGCACCAUGUAUAAUGGACAUCAUUCUCUCAUCCCCUCCUGCACAGAAAUGCUGAUUAUUUCAGUCACUUGCCAAAGACUUCUGAUGGCUCAGCAAAUGGCAUUGUUCACUGCAAUGCUGAGAAGAUACUUCUGAGGACCCGCAUCUAAGGUGGACUUGGCUCGUGCUCUUCUGGGUAGUCCCUGAACAGGAGUGAUGCCUCCAGGCAGGUGGCAUGCUGUGUAUCCAGCUCAGGCCCAGUCUUCAAGGGAGCGAGGGCGGCUUCAGACAGUAAAGAAGGAAGAAGAGGAUGAAAGCUAUAUUCCAGUGCAGACUGCCAGGCCACAGACACUCAACCGCCCUGGCCAGGAGCUGUUCCGCCAGCUCUUCAGACAGCUUCGCUACCAUGAGUCUUCUGGGCCCCUAGAAACUCUGAGCCGGCUCCGGGAACUCUGUCGCUGGUGGCUGAGGCCUGAUGUUCUCUCCAAGGCACAGAUCCUGGAGCUGCUGGUGCUGGAACAGUUCCUGAGCAUCCUGCCUGGGGAGCUCCGGGUCUGGGUGCAGCUCCAUAACCCUGAGAGUGGUGAGGAGGCUGUGGCCUUGCUGGAGGAGCUGCAGAGGGACCUUGAUGGGACAUCACAUAGGGACCCGGGCCCUGCCCAGAGCCCAGAUGUGCAUUGGAUGGGUACAGGAGCCCUGCGAUCUGCACAGAUAUGGUCUCUUGCUUCACCUCUCAGGAGCGGCUCUGCUCUGGGGGACCACCUGGAGCCUCCCUAUGAAAUAGAAGCACGUGACUUCCUGGCUGGGCAAUCCGAUCCUCCUGCUGCCCAGAUGCCUGCCCUUUUCCAGAGAGAGGGGUGCCCAGGAGACCAGGUAACAGCAACCAGGUCCCUGACAGCUCAGCUCCAGGAGACUAUGACUUUCAAGGAUGUGGAGGUGACCUUCUCCCAGGAUGAGUGGGGGUUGCUGGACUCAGCUCAGAGAAACCUAUACAGGGAUGUGAUGCUGGAGAAUUAUAGGAACAUGGCCUUCCUGGUGGGACCAUUCACCAAACCUGCUCUGAUCUCCUGGUUGGAAGCAAGGGAGCCGUGGGGCCUGAACGUGCAAGUAGCUCAGCCUAAGGGGAAUCCAGGUGCUGCCCCUACAGGAGGUGACCUUCAAAUUAAAACAAAGAAAUUCAUCGUAAAUCAGGAACCUUUGGAAGGAGCAGAAACCUUAGCUGUGUCAUCAGAAUGUCCCGCAGCAAGUGUUUCUGAGGGAAUUGGGCUCAGAGAAUCUUUUCAACAGAGCAGGCUGAAGGAUCAAUGUGAAAACCCCAUACAAGUGAGAGUUAAGAAAGAAGAGACUGAUUUCAGUCACAGGACAGGAAAAGACUGUGAAGUAUCAGGAGGUAAUAGUCUUGACUUAAAACAUGUUACAUAUUUGAGAGUUUCUGGAAGAAAGCAGUCCCUUAAACAUGGCUGUGGCAAACACUUUAGAAUGAGUUCACACCACUAUGACUACAAGAAAUAUGGGAAGGGGCUCAGACACAUGAUUGGGGGCUUCAGCAUACAUCAGAGAAUUCAUACUGGACUGAAAGGGAGCAAAAAGGAUUUGUGUGGAAAAGACUUCAGCCUUAGCUCUCAUCACCAGCAUGGGCAGAGUCUUCACACAGUGGGAGUAUCUUUUAAGUGCAGUGACUGUGGAAGGACUUUCAGUCAUAGCUCCCAUCUUGCAUAUCAUCAGAGACUUCACAGUCAAGAGAAAGCAUUUAAAUGUAGAGUGUGUGGGAAAGCCUUCCGGUGGAGUUCCAACUGUGCACGGCAUGAGAAAAUUCACACUGGAGUGAAACCUUAUAAAUGUGAUUUAUGUGAGAAAGCUUUCCGACGUCUGUCAGCCUAUCGUCUGCACCAGGAAACCCAUGCUAAGAAGAAAUUUCUUGAAUUGAAUCAGUAUAGGGCAGCUCUUACCUACAGCUCAGGGUUUGAUCAUCAUUUGGGAGACCAAAGCGGAGAGAAACUCUUUGACUGCAGCCAGUGCAGGAAAUCUUUCCACUGUAAAUCAUAUGUUCUUGAACAUCAAAGGAUUCACACCCAGGAGAAGCCCUAUAAAUGUAACAAAUGUAGGAAAACCUUUAGGUGGAGAUCAAACUUUACUCGUCAUAUGAGGUUGCAUGAGGAGGAAAAAUUCUACAAACAAGAUGAAUGUCGUGAAGACUUCAGGCAAGCCCCUGACCACAGUCAGCCCCACAGUGCCCCCACUGUGGAGAAAACAUUUUUGUGUCAGCAGUGUGGGAAAACUUUUACUAGAAAGAAAACUCUCAUUGACCACCAGAGAAUUCACACAGGUGAGAAACCAUACCAGUGUGGCGAAUGUGGGAAGGACUUUGCCUAUAGGUCAGCCUUUAUUGUUCAUAAGAAGAAGCAUGCCAUGAAAGGAAAACCUGAGGGUGGGCCAUCUUUUAGUCAGGACAGAGUGUUCCAGGUUCCUCAGAGCAGUCACACCAGAGAGGAGCCCUACCAAUGCAGCCAGUGUGGCAAGGCCUUCCGCAAUCACUCAUUCCUCCUCAUCCAUCAGAGAGUUCACACUGGAGAGAAGCCAUAUAAGUGCAGGGAGUGUGGGAAAGCCUUCAGGUGGAGUUCUAAUCUCUACCGACAUCAGAGGAUUCACUCUCUUCAAAAACAGUAUGAUUGCCAUGAAAGUGAAAAGACUCCAGAUGUGGAGCCAAAAAUCCUCACUGGUGAGAAACGUUUUUGGUGUCAAGAAUGUGGGAAAACCUUUACACGUAAAAGAACCCUUUUAGAUCAUAAGGGAAUACACAGUGGAGAGAAGCGCUAUAAAUGUAAUCUGUGUGGGAAAUCAUAUGAUAGAAACUAUCGCCUUGUUAACCAUCAGAGGAUCCACACUAAAGAGAGACCUUUCAAAUGUCAGUGGUGUGGGAAAGAGUUCAUUGGGAGACAGACCCUUUCUAGUCACCAGAGUAAACACACCAGAGCAGCACAGGCUGAACGUAGCCCGCCUGGGCUAUCUUCCUCUCAGGACACAAAGUUGAGAUUGCAGAAAUUAAAACCAAGUGAAGAAAUGCCUCUCGAAGACUGUGAAGAAGCUUGCGACCAGAGCUCCAGGCUUGAUGAGCUCCAGGACAUAACCACUGGGAAAAAGUGCCACAAAUGUAGCAUAUGUGGGAAAACUUUUACCAAGAGUUCACAACUCAUUAGCCACAAGAGAUUUCAUACUCGAGAGAGACCCUUCAAAUGCAGCAAGUGUGGGAAGACCUUCAGAUGGUCUUCCAAUCUGGCUCGGCAUAUGAAAAACCAUAUUAGAGAUUAGCCCGGGGUCUGACAGUGACAAUGGGAGUGAGUUCUCAGUCCCCUACUAGAGAACCCUUAAUUUUAGGCAGUGUGGGGAAACCUUCACAAAGGGCCCAGCCCUUUCUAUUUCGGAAGCUAGUGACAGAAUCCCAAGGAUUUAAAGGCUCGGGGAGUCUUCAGCCUGCCUGCUGGGAUGUGACGCUGGGGAAAUGCAGCAGCAUGUUCUUUGGAGCCCUUCUGGAGACUUGGGCCCCUAGGAUUGGCGUCUGUACCAUAGCCUGCAGCUCCCCCUGUCAGGUCUCCUUCCACAACUCUGAAGAGAAAAACCAUUGCCCUUUGUGGUUGGAUAAAAUGUCUGUGGCGUCACGGUCUGUGGCUUCUGGAAAGGGGCCAGUGGGAUCCUAGAUUUAUCUUCGAGUUUGGCCUAUGGCCAUGCUUAUUCUGUUGACUAAAAGCAGCAGCAUCAAGAACUCCUAGUCUUCCCAAAUGCCCCCUGGGGAGUUUUGGCUGGGGCUUUAGCCUUUCUAGCUAGCUUUUGGAUAUCUGCUAGGGGGUUAGAGUGGUCUCAGUGGCUGGUGGAGGACAGCAAGAUGCUGGGCUCAAGCGCUUGGCAUGUGGAGCUCUAUCAGUACCCUGUUGCCAUUCCUAUCCCACAGGCCUGCACAGGCAGCAGUGGUCCAUCUGUUUAACAGAAACGUGCUGAUCACCUCCUCUACACCAGGCACUGGUGUAUUUGUUGGACACCCAGCAGAGACCAGAACAGAUGAAAAUCCUGCCAUCUUGGAUCUUUAUAGUUGACAAACAAAUGGGAUAUUUAGUAUUCCGGAUAGUGAUGUGUGUGUGGUAGACAAAGUGAAUCAGAGAAGAGUGAGGGGGUGUGCUGGAUUGGGAAGUCAAUUGUGAUUUUAAAUAGUCUGAUUAGGGAGGGCCUUAACUGAGAAGGUGAAAUUUGAGCAAAGACCUGAAGGAGGCCAGGGAGCAAGCCAGAUAGCUCUCUAGGGAGAGUUGCAGGCAGAGGAGAUUGGGUCUUGUCUGAUGUCCUCAGGAUAGCAAGGAGGCCCCUGGGAUGGAGUGCAGGGAGCCAGCUGGAAGGGGAGGAGAGGGGUCAGGGAGCGACGUGAGCCUCAUGGGUCAUUACGGGGGCUUGAGCUGCCUCAGAGGAAGGCAGAGAGCUUUUGGACAGUUUUGAGUUGAGGAGUGAUAUGAUCUGAAUCUGAAUUACAUUUUACAGGGGUUAACCAUAGAUCCAAAGACUCAGUAAAAUGGAAUGGUUGAAGGGCUUCUCAUGAAGUUAUCCUUGCUGCUAGUUCCCAUAAGUCAGACUCCUCCUCACUCCAUUUCUGAAUUUUCUGUAGAAUCCUUGGCCUCAGCAGAUGUAAACGCUUAGCAUUGUGUGCACAUCUCUAGCCUCUGCACACUGCAGGUCCCCUCUCGCCCUCACAUACCCCCUCUCACCUUCACAUACCCCCUCUCGCCCUCACAUACCCCCUCUCGCCUUCAUAUACCCCUCUCCAUGUAUGAGAUCUGGUGCUGGCAUCAGAUUCAACCCAAAGGAACCAGCGCAUGUGCCUGCUGCCCUCGGGAGAAAAGGGUGGUCUGUUCUGGGAGGAGCUCCCUCACUGGCCCACCUACUUGUCUUGAAGCAAAAAGCAAGAAUCAAUUACUUAAAGGCAAAAGAUUGAAAUUUCUAAAGUAUGUGAGUAAUCAUUGCUUCUGAUUAUUGAAGAUGUCAGAUUAUAAAUGUAAGGAUAAAAUGUCUUAAUGUCUAAUAGUAGAGCAGUGUCCCCGACUGCAUUUUACUGCAAUUAGUAGGACCCAUUCAUGGAGCUGGUCAUUUCUUAUAAUGAGGAGAAACCAACCUGGAAGAUGUCUUUUUCAGUAGAGUACAGAGUAAUCUUAUCCUCUCUGGAUUGUCAUGAGCAGGUGAGAAUGAAGGCUCUGAUAUGGUGUAGUGGUAUCACAGGAUGGUUGGGACAGGGCAGACGUCUCCUGUUGGUGUUCUGAUGCCUGUUCAGCUUUGUCCUCAGGAAGGUUUGAUCAUCUUGGUUCUGCCAUCCUCUUGCCUUCCUAUGGCAGCAGCUGCUCAUGGCAGUGAAGAUGUCCCUUCACUGUCCCAAAACUGGCAGUAGAAGUGGCUGGGCAGAGGCCAGAGUUACAGGAAGGGUGUUGGCAUCAUCAGAUCUGGGUUCCAGGCAUGGUGUGCCUUUUCGUGAUGGGAAUGAUCUUGGGCAAGUUAAUGAACCUCUGCAUCACUCUGUGUGAAGUUAGAGUGCUUGUCUGUGUUACCUGACUCCUGAGAUUGGUAAAAGAGGGCUUGGUUUACCAGGGCUCUCUGUUAGAUGGUUAACCUCUAGGACCAGGACCCUCACAGAGGUGCAGCUUCCAUGUCAGUUGGUGUUGUAACUAUGGCAAUGCCCCUUUCUGUCCACAUUUUUAGCACCCCCUACCCCUAUCUCUGCCCCUUUUGCCAUGGGGCACCUUGUAAAGUUCUUGCCCCAGUAUAGGGAUAUUUUUCCUGUUUUUUUUUUUUUUUUUUUUUUCUUU